AUGACACAACAAUAUAAAGUUAAAUUAAACGCUGCUCUGUUCGACGUGGACGGCACAAUUAUCAUUUCUCAACCUGCUAUUGCUGCAUUUUGGAGGGAAUUCGGUAAGGACAAGCCUUAUUUCGAUGCUGAGUAUGUUAUUGCAAAUUCGCACGGUAUGAGAACAUUUGAUGUCAUCAGCAAGUUUGCAAGAGACUUUGCAUCAAGAGAAUACGUCAAUACUCUAGAGAGUGAAAUUCCAGAUCGUUUUGGCAGUCAUGCCAUUGAGGUCAUAGGGUCGGUUAAGCUCUGUGAAAAGUUAAAUGCUUUACCAAAGGAGAAAUGGGCUGUUGCUACCUCAGGUACUUUCGAGAUGGCAAGAAAAUGGUUCAAGAUUUUAGGGAUCGAAAGACCGCACUAUUUCAUCACUGCAAAUGAUGUGCAUAAUGGUAAGCCACAUCCGGAACCAUAUAUCAGAGGCAGAACCGGUUUAGGCUACCCACCGGAAAAUAAGGACGCUAAAGUCGUUGUCUUUGAAGAUGCUCCUGCAGGUGCCACCGCUGGUACAGCUGCUGGUUGCAAAGUGAUCGGUUUGGCUACUACUUAUCCAGUAGAAAAAUUGAUUGAAUUUGGCUGUGAUAUGGUCAUCAAGGACUAUUCUAAUGUAGAAAUCGGCGAAUACGACCCAACCACCGACACCGUGGAGUUCUUCUUCAAUGAUGUGUUAUACAUUAAGGAUGACAUGAAAAAUUGGUAA